AUGCCCCUCUUCCUCGCGUACUGUCCCGACAGGAUAGGCCCCGACGUCCUGGAGACACGCCUGCGUGUCCGGAGCGAACACUUCCAGGGCUUCAAGCAGACCGUUCAGGAGGGUCACGCUGAGUUCGGCCGCGGCUUCCGCCCCCAUCCCGACUCGCACCUCUUCGCGCCCGAGAAUCUCGCUCUGCUCCCCGAGGGCGUCGAGCCAAUGGCCGGUUCAGUCAUGCUGCUCCGGUACGACACGCUCGAAGAGGCGUGGGACCGUGUGCGCCGCGACGUGUACUGGACCGCGAAUGUUUGGGACCACAACCGCCUCAUCCUCGAGCAGUUCUGCGAACCUCCGCCCGCGGGGACUGUGCCCGGUGUCGAGGACGCGGCGGGCGUCGGAACGGGCAAGGCGUAG